UAAAGAGCGUCUGAAUGAACCCUGACGCCGACAGCGUUUGGGAACCGACAGCUUCUCUCACAAAGAAUUGGUGGGUGGGUCCGUCUAUGCUGUAAUCGAAAAGCAAUACGCCCCAUUGGCCACUUGCCAUUUUUUCAUAUUCAAGGGAACCAAAAAUGACUCCCACCUCCAGGCGAGGCUCCACCACUCGUCCUAACCCAUCGACUAUGUUGCAGUGUGGAAGGAGGUCUGCAAUUUGAGCAGUUCUUUGGAGAUGGAAUUCUGGAGGUCCCUCAGUUCUAACAAUGGAUUAAAACACCGCCCUUUGAGUCUUCUCAGGAUCUUAAGGGGACUGAUAUGUUUAGUGUUUUUUCUUUCAACUGCAUUUAUGUUUUUGGUGUAUUUUGGACCUCUGGCUGCUGGCCUGAUGCGGCUGUUUAGCAUACGCUACAGUAGGAGAGCAACUUCUUUCAUUUUUGGUCUUUGGCUAGCCUUGUGGCCCUUUCUAUUUGAAAAGAUAAACAAGACUAAAUUCAUUUUUUCUGGAGAAACUGUUCCUGAAGACCAGCGUGUUUUGCUUAUUGCCAACCACAGAACAGAGGUUGAUUGGAUGUAUUUCUGGAAUCUUGCAAUGCGGAAGGGUUGCUUGGGCUACAUCAAAUAUAUUCUAAAGAGCAGUUUGAUGAAAUUACCUGUCCUUGGUUGGGGAUUUCACCUUUUGGAGUUCAUAUCCGUGGAGAGGAAGUGGGAAGUUGAUGAGCCAAUUUUGCGCCAAAAACUGUCGACUUUUAUUAAUCCUGCAGAUCCCUUGUGGCUUGCUGUCUUCCCCGAAGGAACUGAUUUUACUGAAGAGAAGUGCAAAAGGAGUCAGAAAUUUGCAGCUGAAAAUGGACUGCCUGUACUGAACAAUGUGCUGCUUCCUAAAACGAGGGGUUUCUGUGCUUGCUUGGAAGUUCUAAGAGGAUCCUUGGAUGCAGUCUAUGAUGUGAGUAUUGCUUACAAACAUCAAUGCCCUAAUUUCUUGGAUGUGCUCUUUGGCGUGGAUCCUUCAGAAGUUCACAUGCAUGUUCGACGUAUACCUGUCAAUGAGAUCCCAGAGGCCGAAGGUGAGGCUGCAGCUUGGUUGAUUCAUACAUUCCAGAUCAAGGAUCAGUUGCUCUCCGAUUUUAAUAAUCAUGGGCAUUUCCCCAAUCAAGGAACAGAAGGAGAAGUUUCUAUCAUGAAGUGCUUGGCAAAUUUUUCAGUAGUGAUUGCUCUGACAGGCAUAUUUACAUUUCUUACCUUUUUCUCAUCCAUUUGGUUUAAGAUACACGUGAGUUUAGUUUGUGCAUAUAUUGCUUCUACUUUAUUUGAUAUUAGACCUUCAUCUUUUCUAGGUUUGUUAAAUAAAGCUUCAAGAAAACGAAAUGAAUAGUUAUGCUGAAAGAUUUGUACAUGACCAAUAACAAGUUCUUGUUGUGAACUUGAUUGUGGAAUGUUUGUGUCUCAGGACGUGUAAAUGAUUCUUGUGACACUGGUUGGAUAUCUCAAAAGAAAUGGUCGGGUUUUGUUAAUUCAUCA